AUGGCACAACUGAUGCGCAAUCGCAUGACUCGAAUGCCCCUGCUAGUCGCAUUGGCGAACGGUGUUAUUAGUUUAGCACAGUCAUCGCCAGACAUGCAAACCCCCAACCCUCCCACUAUUACGAACACCACCAGCUCUGCCCUUUCCAACAAUUCCUCGAAUACCCCCGAGCCCUUGCCGGUAACCACAGUUUCACUGCUGAACAAUGGUCAAAUUCCACUUCCGACACCCGACUCUCUUAACUGGACAGAUCCUUGUGCAAUCCUUCCCCUAGAAGCUUCUACUUGGAGUCGCCUCAACCUUGAUCAAUAUCUCGCCAAUUAUCCGGGUGGACAGAAUUACACUCUGACUGAUUAUGCGCUUUCGGUGAGCGUUCAAAACUGGGUUUGUGGAAUAGGAGAAACAUGUGACGCACAACAGCCGUGUAAUCCCAUCCCAGGGCCCCAAUGGGAAGUGCUUUACGCGGUGCAAAAUUGGAAUUUGGUCCAAAAUACUCUUUACAAUGCCAUAGGGAUGGCAGUAUCCAUGACACAAUCCAUCACUUCCGCCCUUGUAACGGACCUGUAUCAUCCUGCCAAGCGCAGUCCUCUUUGGAAGUGGAACGACAUUUUUUCAAUCGCUGGCGGGAUCGCGGCUCUGAUUGCCUCUGUGGUAAUGGUAUACCCCGGUACUUUACUCGCCAUCGGUAUUUGGUACAGCAUCAAUGCCAUCAUUGCGACUGGCGAAGGUGCCGUAGGAAUCAUGCUUCUUGACAAAGACAAGAAAGAUGAGCCAGACCCUUUCCAAAGAUGGUCCGAAUUUGCAUGGUACCUAGGGAAAUGGCAAAGUCUUGCCCAGGGUACCCUCAACAACCGAACCACAGACAUUAUCAACGCAGGUAUUAGCACUCCCCAAGGCAUUUCUGGAGUGCUGAAAAACGGAACCUACUUCAGGCGCAUUGAGGCUCGCCAAUUCCAGCAAGUCGAGUCGGAAAUAAAGUUUACUGCCACUGCCCGAAUUUUGAAUGCAGUUAUUCGGGACUAUGGAGGUUUUGUCGCCGUCCAAGAGGGAUGCCAAGGCAAAGGCGCAAAUGGUGCAUCGAGCAAUCCGGAUACCAUUCAGUUCUGUUACCCUAACAAAACAAUGAUGAGCGUCAUUCGACAGAAACAUGGUCACCCCAAGAACACUUGGUAUCACGGCUCUUUAAUCAACUCAACCUACGGGUUCACGGCGGAAUACCUGACCACUCAGUCGUGGAACUGUCAGAUGAAGUUCGGAAAGCCCGAGUUCAACCCUUACAAUGAAACGGCUGUACCCACGGACCGAAGCGCUGACUGCAUUAUAAACCUACCUGUGUGCGACACUCGAAUUCCAGUGGAAGUAGGAAAUGAAGAGUAUAUGCCAGCUAUCUUCUACUCAGCUGAUGGCACAUGGGACACAGUGAUAAUGUAG